UGUGCGUACGGGCGUCGAAUGUGUCUUCUGCGUGCGAACCACAAGGGGACAGAAGCUUGGUAUUAGUGCGGUCGCAACAUCAUCCAUCUCGAGCGGCUAGCAUGCGUGUUUUUCUGUCGUGCCGUGUUUCGUCUCGAAUUCCAUCCAAAAUUCACAGCGUCAACACGUUUUACACCGUAGUGAAGAAUGUGAAUACUGUCCAGCACAAUAUAUGCGGCAACUGAUAACGUGAAGGUGCACAUUCAACCGUAAACACUGGUGCGAUAGUUGUAAUUGUGCUUCAGAGCAAAAAAACGCCGCAUCCGAUCGCAGCAGGAAGGCUCUUGCUGCUGGUUCCCUAUGCGAGACACACCACCAACCAUCAGCACUCAUCAACGUGACGAUGUUGCCCAAGAACGUUGCGAACCGAGCUGCGUCGCUAUGAUCGUUCUACGUCCGUACGUCAAUUAUUUUAUUUAAAAACGUUCCGUGCAUACAAAUGUAUGUUUCCGUUUCCAACGCAAAAUAGUUUCGCUGUGAAGGGGCUACCUCUAGUGCAAUAAAUCGUGUACGCUAACGGCCUCCAAAUAAGGUUCAACCUAAUAGUGCUAUAACCUGAUGUUAAAUCUCUGAUUCCUUACGCAGUAAAGUGGCAACGGACGUGUGUGCGCAUGUGUGGCUUGAUUGAGAGGCACACACAAAGUUCGAUAAAACAUUUAAAUUGCUAUCAGUACAAAGUGAGCCUAUAUAUAGGAGAACACAUCCGAAGUGCUUGAAAAUAGUUUUACAAUUGUAGAAUAAACAACAUCCAACAACGAGGACAAUGAAGCUGCAUCAACCGCAACAGUUCCUAGCGCUGCUCGGAGGACUGACCCUGGUUCUCUGCAUGGUUGCUCGUAUUAACGCUGCCAGCGGCGGACUUGUUGGUGGUGGUGGUGCCGGUGGAGGAAGUGGUGGCAGCGGCGGUGCUCGAGGAUCGGGUAUGUACAACUAUGGCACCUAUGGCGGAAUGGGUGCAUCGGGUAGCAUCGGCGGUGGCGGAAUGCGCCGAGGAGCUGGCGUGUACGGCCCGGUUGGCCUUGGAAAUCCACACGACGUGCCGCGAUAUUUGAAUCCUGGCCAGGGCGGAACAUCGGCGACAAAGGGUCCAAUGUCGGCUAAAUCGGGCCACCACCGUCUUUCGGCCUGGGGAAUCAUUACGAUUGUUACAUUUGUCAUUCUGAUCGGUGCUGGUGCGUACUGGGGUUUUAUCUGCUAUCCCUUCUUCUGCAAGAAGGAACGCAGCUACAACAUGAUGAUGAACAUGUCGUCGGCAACUACCGCCACACCGUCAACGCGAUCGACCGAAUUCGAAAAACUCGAUCACUGCUGCUCUAAAUCGACCACUUCUACACGGAGCAACGAUACGGGCAUUAGUAACAUCUAAAGCAAGCGUCGAUCUUAUCGCCAUCAUUCCCGCGCUAUAUGCAGAACCACUGCAUAGCACCGGACGAAAGUAUACAAAUAAUGGAACUUGUAUAUUCUUAUGAUUAGGCCACGUUAUAGCCAUGACCAUGAUAUAGCUACAAUUGAAGGAAAGCUAAACUACACCAAUAGCUCUUUUCGCCAUCGAUUCUUUUGGAUUGGAAUAUGACAACAACAAAAAUUGUGCUUAUUACUCUUACACUAUCGUAAAUGACUACUAUUUUCGAAUGUCAAAAGUAUUUCUUUUGAGUGACUGAUUUUCGUCUUUAGCGUCUUAGCGUCUUUCUCGUUGUGACAAAUUGAUAGUGAUUGCAUUUAUCUACUUAGGCAUAAAGAUAACGAAACAUACACCUUCUACUACUAAAGUGAUAGCUUGCGGAACAGUAAAGUAGUACAUUGAAAAUAUUAGCCCAAUAGUUAGAAAAAAAAGUAUUGAAAAUAAAGACUUAUAAGAAAAUCAUGCAAUAAAUAUAAUUACAACAUUAAA